AUGGAGUUGCAGACAUUACAGUUCCAUGGUCUCACCAAGAUUGAAGUGGCUUUCCUCGCACAGGGUGCAUUCAACAAGAUAUACAACGUCAGCAUCGAUGAUGAACCAUUCAUCAUGCGAGUCUCGUUGCCUGCUGAUCCAAGUUAUAAAGUCAUGAGUGAAGUAGCAACAAUGGAUUGGGUGCGCCGUAUCACAAGCCUCCCAAUCCCUAGGAUUAUCACCUACCAAUCUUCCCGAGACAAUCUGAUUGGAUUUGAAUGGAUGCUCAUGACGAAAAUGCCUGGAAAGCCCUUUGGUGAAAUUUUACAGUCUCUUUCCUUCGAUGUGAAAGCACACCUGAUUAGGAAGCUUGCGGCAAGCUCGGCUUGCCUUUUUCGAAAUCAACUAUGCGGAAUUGGAAAUAUCUAUGGGGAAUCAUCUGCUGUUGAAAAUUCAACAUCGAGCGAGAAGAUAUCGCUCCCUAGAGAGUUGGUCAAUACCAAAACAUCAGUUCCGGGAAAGGAUUUUGACUCGGGUUAUGGUAGCGUAUCCAUGAAAAAGAACUCGGAAACUCCUCUAUCCCAUCCGUCCAACAGAGGAUCUUCAGAGGAGGUUUUACCUGAUGUGGGCCGGAUUGUUUCUAUGCAGUUUUUCUGGGAUUCACAUAUCCAUCAAGAUGUCUACCGAGGCCGAUUCCAGUCAAGUAAGGACUGGAUCACAGCUCGCCUUCUAUUUAACGAAAAUGACUGUCAUUCGGUUCUGAAAAAACAUUCAGCUAGCGACCUUGAUAGCGACGCUGAAGACGAAGUGGAGGAGGCGGCAAGAACGCUGGAAAUCAUUGACAACCUCAAAUCCCUUCUCCCUCUGGUCUUUCCAAUAGAUGAUGAUAAUCCAGAACCGUCAAUGAUAUUUCACGACGACCUCUCACGGCACAAUAUCCUCGUUGACGACAACGGGGAGGUGACUGCCAUCCUGGACUGGGAGUGUGUUUCAGCGCUACCUUUAUGGAAGGCCUGCAACUAUCCUGAGUUUUUAAAUGAGAGACCACGACACUCGAAGCCUCUUCCUGAAAGCUAUAAACCUGAGGAUAAUAGAGAACCAAAUGAACUCUACUAUGAGCACCUAUGGCACUAUGAGGACACACUCUUACGUGAUAUAUUCAUUGAUGAGAUGAGGAAACUGGACGCAGGAUGGAUGGAAGUUUUUGAUAAGAGUCAGAUCAGGAGAGACUUUGACUAUGCAGUGCAGUAUUGUGACAGUUCGGUCUCUGCCUGGAAUAUUGAAGCAUGGAUCCGAGACAUGACCGCCGGUAUAAGCAAUCCGCGCAGCAUGAACGAUAGGAUCUGGUCAUGA